UUCAGAUCCUUUGCCCAUUUUAAAAAUUGAGUUAUUUGUCUUUUUAUUACUGAGUUAUGUGUUCUUUAUAAAUUCUAGAUACAAGUCCCUUAUCGGAUGUAUGAUCUGCAAAAAUGUUCUCCCAUCCUAUGGGCUGCCUUUUAAUUCUCUUGAUGGUGUCCUUUGACUCACAAAAGUUUUAAAUUUUGAUGAAGUCAAAUUUUUGUGUUUCUUUUUUGGUUACUUGUACUUUUAGUGUCGUACUGAAGAAAGCUUUGCCUAAUCCAAGGUCAGGAAGAUUUACUCGUUUCUUAUUUUUUUUAAGAGUUUUAUCACUAGCUCUCAUAAUUAAGUCUAUGGUCAUUUAGAGUUAAUUAUUUUUAUGAUAUGAGAAAGGGGUCCAACCUCCUGGAGUUUCAUUCCUGGACCACAGAGGUGUGGGCUGCUGGCCAGUGUUGUACACCAGGCCAGUCAGGGUAUGGGGGCAGGGUCCUGUGGGUGGGGCUUCCCACCAUAACCCUUUCCUGCCCAGAGUGGUUCUCUGGGUUGGGGGGGGGGGUAGGCAGUGUCUUUUCUGCUGGGCCCCAUGUCCCCCCAGGUCCCAGGUACCACCAUGUUGCCUGCCCUGUGAGGCAGGAUGGGCAGAGCUGGGAAGGACCACAUGGGAGGAGUAGGGGUUAGCUUAUCCAGGGGCUGGACCAGGGACAGGAGGGAUAAUGAGACAUCAAUCCCAGGGGUGCCUGUGGUCAGGUGACUUGCUACCAGGAAGCACUUACCUGAGGCUACACCCCCUGGAGGCGGGGGUCCUCCUCUGUUGCAGUUGGGAGGUCUCUGCUUUCGUGUCUAGUUGUCUGGUCUCUGCUUUCAUGUCUAGUUGACUGAGAAGGGGAGCUUGCAGGGGGCAAGGCACCCCAACCAUGCACUGGCCUUGCACCUCAGGCUCCUCUCAUGGAUGAAGGGGUCUUCGAAGAUUUUUGGGUGCGGGGCAUGGACACCUCAAGCCAUGUGCAUUGGAGGCGCCCAGAGAAACACAACUAAAAGCCAGGUUGGAGAAACAGGUCUAGGGGGCCAAGUAAGAGUGUACGGGCCUUGGUGCUGCCUGAGUCCUGGACAGGGAGGGUGAGAUGUCUGCCAAGGCGGCAAUCUUGUUUCUGGGCCAAACUGGAAACUGAGAAAGACCCCGCCAUCUGCCCACCACCCAAUCACCCCCAACAGACAAAACAGCUAGCCCACACUGAUGCCCCAGAGCCCCGGUCUCCAGGCCAGCACUGCCCCUGUCAUCCAUUUUUUUCUUUUCUUUUUUUUUUUUUUUUUGGCCAUGCCAUGUGGCUUGUAGGAUCUUAGUUCCCUGACCAGACAUUGAACCCGGGCCCCCGGCAGUGAAAGUGCAGAGUCCUAAUCAUUGGACCACCAGGGAAUUCCCUGUCAUCCAUCCUUUCUGCUUCUCCAGACCAGAAGCCAGGGAGCCCUCAGUGACCACAGAUUCUCUGGACACCUCCACAGCCCUGUACCCACUCAGCUGAGGCAGAGCCAGCACCAGCUCAGACACAAGGACGGAGCCCUUGAACUGCUGGGUUCCUUCCAGGGAGGUGGAGGAGAAAUCCAUCUGCUGGGGCCUGAGCGUGGCCUGGGGGCCAGGCCAUCGGUCCCAGAAUGCCCCUGCCCGAGCCCAGUGAGCAGGAGGGCGAGAGCGUGAAGGCCGGCCAGGAGCCCUCCCCUGAGCCCUCCCCUGAGCCGGGCACAGAUGUCGUCCCCGCAGCCCCCAGGAAGCCCAGAAAGUUCUCCAAACUGGUGCUGCUGACAGCCUCCAAGGACAGUGCCAAAGUGGCGGGGGCCAAGCGCAAAGGAGUGCACUGCAUCAUGUCCCUGGGGGUGCCCGGUCCCGCCACCCUUGCCAAAGCCCUCCUCAAGAUCCAUCCCGAGGCUCAGCGGGCCAUCGAGGCCGCCCCCCAGGAGCCUGAGCAAAAACGCAGCAAGCUGGACACAGACCUGUCCACGGCCCUCCCCACCUCCUGCCCCGUCCUGGGCCAGGCAGCGGGGAGGGAGCAGCAGCUUCCUGAUGCUCAGCCCAGAUUUGGCCCAAAGUUUCCUGGAAACAGCCUCUGUGUCCCUGGGCCAGUGGCCUUUGGGAGCAUGUCUCUGGAGUCAGCAAUCCCUGCCCCUGCUCUGGCAGCUGGGACCCCCAGGUUUGCCCCCCACCCCUUCCCCCUUUUCCUUUGACAACAGCCUGACCCAUCCCCUUCUC